AUGAGGGCUCCGAAGAGGCCGAUCCACACCGUAUCGACAUGGGUUCGACGCCAGCCGCCGAAAGUCAAGGCCUUUCUGGCCGUCGUAACGGGCAUGGCGGCUCUGGUCGUGCUCCGAUUUAUCGUUCACGAUCACGAUAACCUCUUUGUUGCAGCUGAGGCUGUGCACUCAAUUGGAAUCAUGGUGCUAAUCUACAAGCUCACGAAGGAGAAGACUUGUGCUGGGUUAUCACUCAAAUCCCAAGAGUUAACAGCUAUGUUUUUAGCUGUGAGAUUGUAUUGCAGUUUUGUGAUGGAAUAUGAUAUACACACCCUGCUUGAUUUAGCUACGCUGGUGACGACCCUCUGGGUUAUUUAUAUGAUCCGCUUCAACUUAAAGUCUAGUUACAUGGAGGACAAAGACAAUUUUGCAAUAUACUAUGUCGUGGUACCAUGUGCUCUAUUAGCUUUGUUCAUUCAUCCAUCAACGUCUCAUCAUUUAUUGAACAGGAUUUCCUGGGCAUUUUGUGUGUAUCUGGAAGCUGUUUCCGUACUGCCCCAGUUGCGCGUCAUGCAGAACACAAAGAUUGUUGAGCCAUUCACAGCUCAUUAUGUGUUUGCACUGGGUGUCGCAAGGUUCCUCAGCUGUGCCCAUUGGGUUCUCCAGGUAUUAGAUACUCGCGGACACUUGCUUGUAGCCUUGGGCUACGGGUUAUGGCCUUCUAUGGUUCUUAUUUCAGAAAUUGUUCAGACUUUCAUAUUAGCAGACUUCUGUUACUACUAUGUCAAAAGUGUUUUUGGAGGGCAGCUAGUCCUCCGUCUCCCUUCUGGAGUUGUAUGA